GUGUUUUCAGAGAGCUGCGAGGUUCGAGUGUUUGUGUGGCGCAACGCUAAAGUUUCGAUCCUACCUGUGAGGGCGAUGGUAUAAAAGGGAAAAAUUGAAAAACGUCGCUCAUUACUCGUAUCGGCACUCGUCGUAUUAGUAUCAUGGCACCCAAAGCAUCAGGAUCGAAAGGAGCUAAGAAGGCCGCCACCAAGGCAAAGGCCAACCGUGGGACUGACAAGAAAAGGAGGAGGAAGAGGAGGGAAUCCUACAGCAUCUACAUCUACAAAGUGUUGAAACAGGUGCACCCCGACACCGGUGUGUCCAGCAAGGCCAUGUCCAUCAUGAACAGCUUUGUCAACGACAUCUUUGAGAGAAUCGCCGCUGAGGCUUCCCGUCUCGCUCACUACAACAAGAGGUCCACCAUCACCAGUCGGGAGAUCCAGACCGCUGUCCGUCUCCUUCUGCCCGGUGAAUUGGCCAAGCACGCUGUCAGUGAGGGAACCAAAGCUGUCACCAAGUACACCAGCUCCAAGUAAACUCCUGAAAAGUUUACUACUACAAACACAAACGGCCCUUUUCAGGGCCACCCAAACUCCUCAAAAAGUCCCAAUGAACACUCGAAAAAACGCAAUUACUUAGUUCUUAGUUUUGUGUUAUGUUUCAAUUCAUCAUAAGUUAAAAGGGUAUGAAUUAGUUAAGUAUGUGUGUGUAAAAUAAACGAAUAUAUGUGUGAUAUGAGUUGUGUGUUGUAAUGUAUAUUGUGUGUAUACAUGUAUGUAUCAAUCAAAGCAUAAUGCAUAAACAUACGGAAAUGAAACAUGUCUUGAUCAUGAUUUUAAUUGAGUGGAUAAAACUGUAGUUGGACAAUAUCUAUUGAUAAAUGGAAAUGUACUGCAAACGUGUGUGGAGUUUACUGGUGUUACUUGUCCGUGUGUAUUGCGAUGACCAAUGUAAUGUAAUGUUAUUGUAUAUUGCGGUACGUAUACGUGUAUCUUUAUGCGUAUGUGUACGAUAUUAAUUUUGUCGAUAUCUAGUCUCCGUGUGGUGGUAGUAGUAGUAGUAGUAGUAGUAGUAGUAGUAUAAGAU